UAAAAUAUGGCUCUAAAAAGUUACGACACUCAACAACUGAUCUUGGCAUCAAUUGGUUUUGCAAUAGUAAUUUUUGGCAUCGCUGGGAACUUGUUGGUGGUGAUAGCUGUCUGGAAAAAGCGAUUUCUACGUUCAACAACGAACUAUCUCUUGGUCAACCUUGCUGUCUCAGACAUUUUGAACUUAGUGUUUCUCCCAUUCAUGCUUCUGCAGUUGUACGCAAUUUUUGAGGGAGGACCAUUCGCAGAUUUCUUGUGCAAAUUUAUUAUGUCUUUUAAUGUCCCUCUCACAGCCAGUUGUGUGUCGAUCCUCACGCUCAUUGUCCUGUCCGUGGAGAGAUACCACGCCAUUGUUAAACCUAUGAAGGAAGGAAUGAGGCUAAGAGAAGAGACUGUAAAGUAUGCCAUCAUUACAGUCUGGUUGUCAGGGAUAGCACUGAGCCUUCCUUUUUAUAUCUUUGGACACUACGAUACUACAAAACAUCGUUGCAAGCUUGUUGAAGCAGUGUACAAAUACACUAGCUCAAUAUACUUUAUAUCAAUAGGUCUCUUAAUCCUAAUCUUCGUUCCCUUCCUCAUUAUCAGCUUCUGUUACUUUCAAAUCGUUCGUGAGCUGUACUUCAAGAGCAAAGUGGAACCACAGAACGUGGCAGCACAAGAAGACGCCCGGACUAAACGAAAACUCGUCAAGGUUUCUCUAACCGUGACUUUGGCUUAUGUCAUUUGCUUUUUUCCUACGGCUAUUACCUUAUGUUUGGGAGCUUACGACAGAGCAAAGUACGGCUCAAGAGGCUUUCAAAUGGCUAGUCUUAUGUACUUCUUAGAAUCUGCUCUUAAUCCACUGUUUUACGCCUGCCAAAGUACAAACUUUCGGCAAGCUUUUAAAGAAGUUAUGAAAUGUCACUGAAACCGUCAAACAAGAAAACAAACCGGUACCUAGAAAUCCAGUUUUAGUAAGAGCAACGAAUAUAUAAAAGUGAAUACUAGAAGCUAUUUUCUGUGCAUGAAUUAUUUGUUUGAUAUUUCGAUCACUGUCCAGUGAUCAUCAUCAGACUGGAGAGAGAUCGAAAUAUCAAACAAAUAAAUCAUGCACGGAAAAUGGCUUCUCGUAUUUACUUUUUUAAUACAACCAUAUGCCCGAACCAAUAUUUUAACGAAAUUUUAGCUUAUAAGUUAAAUUUAACGCGAGUUGACGGUCCACGAGAAGUAAAAAUGUUAUAAAUUGAUUACUAUCCUGUGACUCUUGAAAAUAAUAUUCAGAAUUCAUAAUAAUAUCGGCGGAA